AAAACGUAUAAACUGCGAAAGCUGUUCAUCGGAGAUUGGAUCCAUGCGAAUUCGUUUCUUUAGUUUAUACUCUGUUUUUGACGGCUGCUAUCGUCGAAUCGUUAUUUAUUGCUGAAAAAAUUACCACGAGUAUUGUCCAUCAAUCACAUAAUAGCAGAGCUUUAAUGUAUUUACUCCAUUUUCGGGCUUGAAAACAUUUCAUUCAAUUUGAUUGGGAAUGAAUUAUAACAAGCAUUUCAUUUCAUCUAUAUGUAUUGAAUGAUAAAAUAUUUUACGGUGCCUGAGAAAUCAUUUUAUUGUGAAAGAUUCAAUGUCACAUCACAAAAAGCUAUGAAAAUGCCCAAAAAAGAUGAAGUGGACUUUUAUGUUGCCCAUUUUUUGAUUAAAUACCAAAUGAUAUAUUCGUGCACUUGGCGCGUUGCUGGUGAUGCCGCUGAUGCGGCUGCUAUUCUUGACCCAAUCGGCAAACAAUCGUUUUCGGCGAACGACGUACCACGGUCACUGGGCCAACAACAACACAAAUGCGCACAUUUGCCAUUGGAUCGAGUGAAAUUUGAAAAAAAAAAAAUAUUAAAACUUAAACGCCUGCGCGUUAUUCUUCACAGCACCUACUUUAUAAUCACGCUCUAAUUUCAUGACACAGAAAGGAAACCGAGAGAAAAAAAUGGGGAUUUUUUUUUCUUCUAUGAAAAAGUGUCGGUUUGAUUUGUUAUUUGUCGUGUCUAUGUUUGUGCGACAAUAGAGGUCGACCGACCGCCGAAAAAAAAGAUCUAACUGACUCUAUGAACUUUUGAUUGUCAGUGUCGCGUUGUGUUUUGACGUAUUUAAUUUUAUGUCUGCAUAUAAAUUCAGCGCGAAUUAUGUUUCAGCAUUGCGCCCAGUGAAAUUUUCUGUUAUCGCACGCGUGUUUGUAUGUAUCUGUGUUUGUGGGAACACUAAGUGCCACAUGAAAAAAAAACAUUCAUGCAAGAUUUCUUUCAGCUCUAUUUAUUUCAUUUUUUUUACAGCUACAUAUACAUAUAAUAUAAAAAUAUAUUUUAUUCUGUUAUGUUCAGCAUAAUAACAUCGACUCUCUAACAAUGGUGACAGUUCGGAUCACUUUUGUAAUGUCGUAUCCGGCGUCAAUGCUGUCGUAUAGUAUCUAAUUCGUUGCCUCAGAAAUUUCAACGCGCUCAGCACCGAGUCGAUGUUAUUUGCUUUCAUAGAAAUUAGUUUGAAAUAGAUCGAAAUGAGGCUAUCAAAAAUUAUUGUUCAGUGAAGAGAAGUGCAUUUGCUGGCGAUUCAGUGUCCGUGACAUUGAAUUGUCAUUUCUUCUUGGCGACUUGGCAAACGUUUCGUUUCACUGAAAAACCCUUAUGGAAAGAGAAAAAAAAAGAAAACUUUUCUACUGAAAUCGAUUGGUCCAUUCGUUCUGGGUAGAGAUGGAGUGCCAAAAGAGAAAGCGAAACCGGAGAGUGUAUCGUUCCGUUUGACAAUGUUGCAGACAAUGAAGAGGAGCAGAAAAUAUCGACAUUACGUUCAUUCGAACGGUUUUUCUCUGUGUGUAAAAACGGUUAGUUUGCAUUUGGCCGAUUGUCGCCUUAAAUGAACGCAUUGUUUAGCAUUGUGCGUUGUGAUAAUCGUGCGAUUGUUUCAUUCUCCAUUGGAAAAUUGAAAUUGGUUUUUGCAUGACAAUGUCCGCCUGAAAAUUAAAAGCGGAAAUGUAUUAACAUUUUAUCGAGGCGACCAUUUCAAGCCAACACGUUGCUAGAACGAGUGUUUGGUUCAGAUGCGUUUGUAGUAGAUGUCUACCGAUGAAAGGGAUGUGUACCAUAUCGUAUAACACCGAAGGCAAAGCGUGCAAACAUUGAGAACUGUAAACCGAACCAUUUUCAAGGCCAAAUUCAUUGAAUGCCGAAGCGCGCACGCACACACACACAAUCAACGAUUCCAUUUGAAUGCAUAUCAUGUGAUAACUGAAAAAUUUCAUUUAGAAGUGCACACAUUGUUAUGCAAACGAAUGGCUGUCAUUGGGUGGCAGCGAGCGUUUGAAUGGCUUUGCUCCACAAACGGAAACGAAAGGAGCAAUAUUUCGCUCACUUUUCGAAUCAUGUGUCAAAUAUCGUAAUGAAAUUGCGCUGAAUAAAUUGAACAUAUCCAAUUAAAAAAGAAUAACCAUCCGCGGUGAAAUGUGCCGUCGCUCGAAAUGAAAAAAAAAUGCGAAAUGUGUUUGACGAGCGCACGCGGUUGCAAACAACCGACACAUCAAUUAAUUGAAUUCAAAUGAAAUGUGAAUUUCAACAAAGAUUCGAUUAGUAACGGCUUUAUGAAUUUAUGCUGAUAAAGAAAAACAUUGUUCGUAGUUUAAGGCAGCACAUUUCCACAGUGAAGCGAGUGCGCACCACACAGAGUGUGAAAGAGACCACAGAGCGAACAAGGGAGAGGGCGAGAGAGAGAGAGAGCGAUAGAAAGAGAAAGAAAGAAAUAAAUGAGGAGGAAAAAAGUGCUGAUAAAUCCAACCGAUUAUCUGACACACUUAACUGUUGUGUGUUAUGAACAACAUUUUGUGUACCGUUUCAGCGCGCGCAAACAUGUUCGCCUCAUAUUCACCAAAUAGAAAACCAAUUCAUAUGGAAACGCACACACAGCGCACACAAAUGUUGUAAUUAAAUUAUCGUUUGUGUCAUCGCCUGUAACAUCGGGCAUUCACUUUUAUUCAUUAUGUCUGCGUUUGAUUAGUGUGGCAGGCGUAAACGCGCGCUCACGCUCUUCAUGUGUAGAGAAAUAUGUGUGUGCGAUUUUUUUUCUUGUUGUUUUCUUUUUCUGUUUAUUUGAAAAGCUGACAGAAUUAGAAGCGAAUACAUGAGAGACUCUGAUGAAUUACACGCAGAAAUAAUGAUUGGCACAUUGAUGACAUUUGAUAUUCCGUUUGCCUCUCGCUUCUCUCGCUGAGGCGCCCGUCGAUUUUUUCUUUCACCCGAUGUUUCAGGUUCAUAUUAUUUGAAUAAAUAAUUUUUUUUAAAGCAUUAUUUAAGUGUUGGCCGAAUCGUCUCGUUCGAUGGAUUUAUCGUUAAAUAAUUAACACAACGACUAAAACAGUCCAUUCACUCACUCAUUGGUUUUUAUUGCCAAAUUUGGAUAAGAGCUGAUCAAGAGAUUGAUUUGCGACGACCAUUUCGGUCGCUAAGCCAAAUUGCUAUAUUGUUGUUCAACUCAAAACUGCUCAAAAUGCGAAGCGAAACAAAACGUACACCGUAUCAAAAAUAAACACAUCUAUUUUGUGUAAUGAACUUUCUUGUGAAUGUGUCUGGUCGUUUUGUCGUUUGCGAUUAUGCUGAUAUUGUGUUUUGUGGAUUAUUAUUUUUUCGCAUACGGUAGAUCGUACACAUACGCAAGCACAUACAUAUAACCAUGUCUAAAAAUGGUCGCAUAAAAGGAGAUGAAGUGAACUCGAAAAAAUGCUUGAGUACGGACGAACAAAGUGGAUUUUUUUUGUCAACUUUGGAGCAUCUAUAAUGAAAUCUGUUUUUUGUGUGUUGUCGUCGUCGUCGUUGCUUUUGUUUUUGGUUUGGUUCAGUUUGGUUUGAUUGAAGAGAGCGUAGGACAAAGCCGGAGCUUGCAUGCCGUAUAAGCGUGUUAUCCGUUAUGUGGCAUGGCAAUGGCAAUGUGCCGUGCCAUUCCAUGUGCUUACUGUGUAUGCUAGUGGCCAAUGUGUGUGAUUUUCUUGUUUUUGUUGCUACUGCUACUGCUGCUACUGCUGAUUUAACAUCGUUAUUUUGGAUAUGCCCGUUGUGCGCGUGUAUGUGUGUGACACAUCGUCAGCUGUGCCGGGAGCGAUAGCACACAUUCCGAUAGUGAUUUUUUCCAUGUUGCAUUUUCAUCACACAUACGAUUUAUAUAUAUAUAUAUAUACAUUUUUCGCAUCGACUACGUUGGUGUCUCAGUGGCAGCUCCCGAUGUUUUGGAACUCCAUUAUCGAAUUGACGGAAGCCAGUUUUGAGCGCACAUAGCGAACGUGAGAGAGAGCACGCUCAGCAUACAUUCAUUAUGGUUUCUUGGUUAUUUUGCAUGUGUGCGCAAACGUGCGCACCAAAUCAAAAUACAGAAGAAAAAAUAAACAGUACACACUGCUAAACGUAUUUGUUUGGAAAUAUACUCUUCUCAUUGUUAUUUUAGUAGCAUAAAGCUUUGAUUAUUGCCGUCUCAAUAGCCGCUGCCAACUUACUUCCACUCACUUAUUUGAUUUAUUUAGUUUGCGCUGCUCCAUUGGCCCAUUCGCAUAAAGAUCACACGUCGGGCCACACACACGAAAAAGUUAUAAUAAUAACAACAACUUUCCCACUUGUUUCGGUCAAAUUGAAUCAUUUUUAUGGACGUGCACUCAUUUCAAGAAUUCAUAUUUUGUCGCGCUUUCGUAGUUCAAAAUUUGCAGAACAAAAUCAACGACGACGACGACGACAACAACAACAUCAAAACAAACGAGAUAGAAUUUGAAGAAGACAACAACAGCAACAACGACGAACGGAAAAAAAUACGCGAAAUCAUGCAUGUUCCAAAAUCAUUGUGAUGGUCGAACGAAAAACGAAACAAAGAAGAAGAAGAAGAAGCAGAUUUCAGUUAAUUCACGUUCGCAAAUGCAAAUAUCACACAGUAUUUGUCGCGUCCGGUAUGAUAUCGCAAGUGCGAAACGCUUGAGCUGUGUAAUACUUGUCUGAAUAUCGAUUAAGUUUCCAUUGAAAGUUUACAUUUUACGUAUCUUAAAUACGAAUGAGUGACUUGGGUUUUUGUUUGUUUUCAUUCGUUGUAUAUGAUUAUUCAUUUUAAAUGUAAACACAACGGUGCAUAGAGUGAACUGAAAGCGUUAUUCGCGAAUAUGGUUGCAGCUGUUGCUUAAUUUUUGCCGCCAUCGUCAAAAAUAUCGAUAGGCGAAAGCAAUUUCGCCCUAAAGCGCGUGCAUUUCAAGUAGAAACGAAAAAAAAAACGAGAAGAAAAUAGUCGUCAAACGUGAUGAACAAUGGAAUACUAUCGAAGUAGCGGACAAAAGUCAUUGCUCAAGCAUAAAAGUGUUUUCCUAAAAUGCAUUCAUACCGAUCAUCCAUUACAGGGUGAUUAUAUAAAACAUCCAGUUUUAUAUGAAUUAAGUCACAAAUAUGGUUUCACCGACAAUCUACCGGAAAGUGCACUUCCCAAUCGCCUGGAGGAGAUCAAAGAGGCGAUCAGACGAGAAAUCCGAAAGGAAUUGAAGAUCAAAGAGGGUGCUGAAAAACUGCGUGAAGUGACAACAGAUCGUCGCUCAUUGUCUGACGUGGCAUCCAUUGUAAAGAAAAGCAAUAGUAAAUUAGCCGAACUCAAAUCCGAGCUGCAUGAACUCGAAAGUCAAAUAUUACUGACGAAGGGCAACACUGUAAGCAAUGGCCAAGAAGCUCUAGAAAGGAAAGAUGACACACCAAAUGAUAAGCUGCUGACAUCGCUGGAGAAGCAAUUGAAUAUUGAAAUGAAGGUGAAAAAUGGCGCCGAGAAUAUGAUCCAAUCAAUAAGUGGCGCACAUCACGGACGUGAUAAAAAACUAUUAGCAGAAGCUCAACAAAUGUUAGCCGAUUCAAAGGCAAAAAUAGAAUUUUUGAAAUUACGAAUAUUAAAAGUGCGCCGCAAUGGUCAAUCCAGCAAGGUAACUGAUGAAAACGGUGAUAGCAGUGGCCGCGAAUUGGAAACAUCACUUGAAGAGCGUAUCGAAGAGCUCUUACAUCGUUUACGAAUCGAAGCAGCUGUUGUCGCUGGUGCCAAAAAUGUGAUACGUAUUCUACAAAAUAAUAAAGUACCCGACAAAAAAGCACUUCAGGAGGCUCAAGAACGAUUAUCUGAAUCGUCACGAAAGUUGGAUUUGUUACGAUAUGCGUUGGAAAUGCGACGUCAAGAUUUCCCACCGGAUUCAACGGUUGGCCAGCAGCUAAAACGUGAGCUACAGCAUGUGCAGGCGUCAAGCCCCGUACCGGCUGCAUUUACAUCGUUGCAACCGUUUCGUGUUGGUAUCGAGGGCAAGCAUUGUCCGAGUGUAUCAACGAUGGGCCGAUGUGCAUCGAUCACUGGCAAACUUGAAGUAAGACUGAUGGGUUGUCAAGAUCUUUUGGAAGAAGUACCUGGCCGUUCGCGUCGCGACAAAGACAAUAGUUCGAGUCCCGGUGACUUGCGAAGCUUUGUAAAGGGUGUAACCAGUCGCAGUUCAUCGAAAAGUUACAGUGUCAAAGAUGAAACAUCGUCGGAAAUCAUGGCCGUCAUAAAAUUGGAUAAUAUAACGGUGGCGCAGACAUCGUGGAAACCAUGCUCGCAACAGGCUUGGGAUCAACGUUUCUCCAUCGAUUUAGAUCGAUCACGUGAAUUGGAAAUUGGCAUCUAUUGGCGUGAUUGGCGUUCAUUGUGCGCCGUGAAAUUUUUGCGCCUCGAAGAAUUCAUCGAUGACAUUCGACAUGGGAUGGCAUUGCAGCUGGAGCCAAAAGGUUUGCUGUUCGCUGAAAUUAAAUUCUUGAAUCCAAUGAUCUCACGAAAACCAAAAUUACAACGGCAACGUAUGAUUUUCAAUAAGACACAAGUGAAAAAUAUGCCACGUGCAAAGCAAAUGAAUAUCAAUGUUGCCACAUGGGGUCGACUUUUAAAACGGAACACACCAUCGAUACAAAGUCAACAGCGUGGCAAUGAGCCAUCACAAAUGUCGACCGUUAGCUCGGCAUCGACACCAACUGAAACGACCGCAUCAACGGUGCAACCAUUACAAUUAGUUUUCGAGACAUCACCAGAUGAUAUUGAGCCGGUGUUCACCGUCGGUGAAGAUCCAGAUAUUAACAUUGCCGGUUUAAGCGGGGCAAGACCAUUGGGUAUGCAUGGUGUAACCGCCCUACCGCCAGACAGUCCACAGGUUGCACCGCCACAGCCACCGCAACACAAACCAAGUCCAAAUAACAAUGUUUUGCCACCGAAACCAGCACAUUUAGCAGCACAGGCGGCGGCAGCAGCAGCUAGUAGUUUUAGACAAAUCAAACCUCCGAUGCCUUCACCUCCACAAUCAUCACCACCCAUAUUGAAAGCCGAUCAAGAGCGCGCUCCGCAAACGAUUAUCCCGACAACACCGCCGAUUCCGCAGCAACGACCUCAAAUCCUAUUCUCGUCUGAAGUGUAUCAUCGUCCAGUAUUAUCGUUGCCACCGGUUGUUCUAAUGGGAGGAGAUAAUAGCCAAUGCUAUAUAACCAGUCGAAAUCGUAACUCGUGUGGCCCAUUGCAUAUAUCAAUGCCAAGUCCAAUUGUUGAAAUGCCUCCAUCGCCCGCUCCAAACACAUUGAUGUCGUAUGUCGAAUUUCCGGACGAUGAAGUCGAUGAUGUUAAAAUUAUAGACGUGCAUAAUAUCGUCGAGAUCGUUCAACCGUUUGAAAAUUUGAACGUAAAUAAUAAUGCUCAAUAUGUGUCACAGCCACCGAUAGUGCAGCAACCAACGACACCACAAUACAAUGCGGUACAGCAGUUGUAUCCACAGUUGCCAACCGCAGCCGAUAUUCCGGCAACGAUUCCAAGCCAAACGGCAGCCACCACACAAAAUCGGCGUCCACAAGUCGCACGUAAUCUACAAUACAAAGACAAAGACAAUUCAUUCGAAAUACAGCAGCAGCAACAGCAACAGCAACGCCAACAGCUACCGACCGUACAACUCAUUGGUUUCACCAUUGACCAAUUUCGAUUGCUUAGCGUUCUGGGCAGAGGUCAUUUCGGCAAAGUUAUACUGUCACAAUACAAAAAAACUGGCGAAUAUUUUGCAAUUAAAGCACUUAAAAAGGGCGAUAUCAUUGUUCGAGACGAAGUUGAAUCGUUGCUCAGUGAAAAGCGCAUUUUCGAAGUGGCCAACACAAUGCGUCAUCCAUUCUUAGUCAAUUUGUUUGCAUGCUUCCAAACCGAGCAACAUGUGUGUUUCGUCAUGGAGUAUGCAGCCGGUGGCGAUUUAAUGAUGCACAUUCAUACCGAUGUGUUUAACGAACCUCGUGCCGUGUUUUAUGCAGCGUGCGUUGUGCUCGGUCUUCAAUACUUGCAUGAAAGUAAAAUUAUCUACCGUGAUUUGAAGCUUGAUAAUUUGCUGUUGGAUACCGAAGGUUAUGUGAAAAUUGCCGAUUUUGGUCUGUGCAAAGAGGGCAUGGGCUACGGCGAUCGAACGGGCACAUUCUGCGGUACACCUGAAUUUUUGGCACCAGAAGUGCUCACCGAAACAUCUUAUACACGGGCGGUCGACUGGUGGGGUCUUGGCGUACUUAUAUUCGAAAUGCUUGUUGGAGAGUCACCAUUCCCCGGAGAUGAUGAGGAAGAAGUCUUCGAUUCAAUUGUUAAUGACGAAGUUCGUUAUCCACGAUUCUUGUCAUUAGAAGCCAUUGCAAUUAUGCGUCGAUUACUCCGUAAAAAUCCAGAACGAAGACUUGGUUCAUCUGAGCGUGAUGCAGAAGAUGUGAAGAAACAGGCCUUCUUCAGGCACAUUCUAUGGGACGAUUUGCUACUUAGAAAAGUUAAACCACCAUUCGUACCAACUAUUCGACACAUGGAAGAUGUUUCAAACUUCGACGAAGAGUUUACAUCAGAGAAGCCACACCUAACGCCGCCAAAGGAGCCGCGUCACAUGACGGACGAGGAACAGGCAUACUUCAAAGAGUUUACUUACACGGCCGAUUGGUGUUGAAACUAACAUUUAGAUAAAAUUAGUAUUUAUUUUGAAUAUACGAAUGAAUGGGGUAGCUCGGAAUGGUUUCAAAUGUCGAAGAAGGGGGAAAAGCAAGCAAGCAAGAGAUAAGACAGAUUGACAGAGCGAGUGAGAGAGACAAUCGUUGCACGGUUUUCAAUCAGUUGUCAAUUACAAAUUGAUAUGACUGACGAACGACUGAUUGAUUUGAAGACGAUGGUAUAAAGAUAGGGUAUGGCGGGAGAUUAUGUUAAUUUCAUGAAACAUUUAAUAUAUUUAUAUGAGAAAUAUUUUUCGUAAAAAUCUAAACAAACAAGUUGAAAAAAAAAAUCAGACACACGCGCGUUUUGAGUUGAGUGAGAUUGAAAUUUGGCGCAGUGGCGUCGACAUACACAUACACACACCCACGUAUGCAGGCAGCAAAUUUAGAGCAGCAACGAUAGGUUUUAGUGCUAUAAUCUAAAUGCGAAAUGGAAUUGAUGCGAAAUAAUUAUUGUGAAUGCGAGAAAAAAAAGAAGAUGAAGAAGAAGAACAUAUUUUUUAAUUGAUAUACCAAUCAAAAUUUAGAGCCGAAACACUUAGAAAAUGGUUUUUGUGAUUUUUGUUGUGUGUUUGAUUUUUUCCUUUCUGUUGUCGUUUGAAAGCAGCGAAAAAAGCACGUAGUAAUUGAAAAGAAAAUGGCUUCGAAGCGUCUGUAUUGCAUGUUUAUUUGACCAUCCAAUUGUAAAGAUUGUUUUUUUUUGUUGUCUCUCGAAAUUAUACUAUUUAUCAGAUGGAAACAAUGUUAAUUAUGAGAUAUUGAUUCUUGAGCUGAA